AUGAAAGCGAUCGUCAUAUCAUUGUUGUGUGCUUUGUCCGGAGUCUCUCUAUCUGCCAUUGUGCCUUUCAGAGACUCGGUUGAGGUUGUAUUCACUCCUGAUGACAUCAAAAAAGGAACCGACUACGUCUUGUGGAAGGUGCCAACAGUUAAGAACAAUUUUAAAACCACGGUGAAGCAGAAAUUGCUAAAUAGGUUAUUGUCGAAAGAUCUUCAAGAGUUGAAAUUAAAUUCUCCCUUCCCUGAGGAUGGCUUGCCUGAAUUCAAGGAUCAAAGACAAUCUGUGGGAGCAACCAAGGAGAUACAUGCGCCGUCAAACAUUCCAUUGCAAAACAUACAACUAGAAGUGCUGAAACCCAAAGGAUUAGUGAAUUCAGUUUUGAAAGGACCUUCAACCACCGAGAAAACUCUUGGGAAAGUUAGAUAUGUUGAUGAGGAUAAAGGCGUUUCUCAACAAGCGGUGGGAAGUAUUGUUGACCCUGAAACAAAGGAUGCUACUAUUCAGAAGAUGCAGAAGGAUCUAGAUGAACAUGUGGGAUAUCUGAAACCAAAAAACAUCAAGAAUCGAAAACACAAUUUUGACACUGGGAUGAAGUAUCGAUCAGAAGAAGGUGAAGAGGAAGCGGAAGUGGAUACCGACUGUGCCCCUUAA